AUGAGCGACCUUCUCAAUUAUAUCCUCUCGCAGGACUCUUUCAGAAAGAACCGCCUCCCCUCCCUCUAUUCCGAUUUUUCAAUUCAGGCGAAGACGAACCCGGAUGGUUACCGAGUUAACGUGGCAGCAUGGGAACAGGCCCUGACGAGAGCCGCGAGGAAUGGGUAUAUCUCCUCACACACGUUUUUGCAACACUCCGGUGAUGGAAAGGUGCAACGGCGCAAGGCGAACCAUUUGACACUGCACGUUAGUGAAGGACUCUUGCGAGAUUUGGAAAUUCCGGAGUUAGGGCGGCCAGUCGCGCUGGGGGCUGUUUUUGAAGAUGCCGUGUGGAAUCGGACUAUGGUCCCGGUGCACUUGUAUAAAGCCAGCGCAGCGAGUCUGCGAAAACCGCAAUGGGGACUUAUUGAUACAACAACUUUGAGCCCUUGGAAUGUUAUGGUGUGGGGGUUGAAGCAGAUACGUGGUGUUGUUGUUGGAUCUGGCACCGAUGCUCCUAGGUUGCAGACUCAGGAUUUGGUUCUGGUAAGCAACCUUCAGGAGGCGGCAGAGAAGCUUGUUAAGCAGGUGUUGGACGCGAGCCCUUCCAGAACAGAUCUGGUUUUUUCCAAAGAAAGUUUUGUCGAAGCCUUUGGCACGAUUCUAAAUGAGAACAGCGAGCUUUCCAAUACCGACUACGACGUUCUAUUGCUCUAUUUAUCCCGCGACAAGGGUGCCAUUGCAUAUGAUGGCAAGACGAUCAGGUUCCGGCCCACGGAUGAUUCUCCAAGAGAGAUUACUGAACAAGAUACGGCGAUUUCCUUGAUCAAGUCUCUCACAGCAACGAUGACGAGACAGAUUGGAAGCCUGGAAAAGAAAAUCGCCGAGCUUAAUGCAACCGCAAGAGCCGCUCUUGGUGAUAAGAACCGCGUAUCAGCCCUCGCUGCAUUGCGGUCGAAGAAGCUCGCCGAGCAUAAUCUACAGCAGAGACUUGAUACUCUCGCACAGCUUGAGCAAACCCAGCUCAAGAUCGAACAGGCCACGGACCAUGUCGAGUACCUCAAAGUGAUGGAAUCCAGCACGGGCGCCCUUCGAGGUCUCAAUGCUCAACUCGGCGAUGUCUCCAAGGUUGAGGAUGUCGUCUAUGAGCUGCGCGAGGAAAUGUCCAAAGUGGACGAGAUCGGAAACAUCAUGGGUGAAGCUGGGCCACAGAUUGAUGAGACUGAGAUUGACGAGGAGCUCGAAGGGCUGGAGUUCAAGGAACGGAAAGCGAAGGAAGAGCAGGAGGCAGAGGGAACCAGGAAGCAGCUCGCCGAGCUCGACAACCUUGGUCUGGAAACCAAAGGGGCUAUCCGGAAAGCACCAGUGGGGCAGAACGUCGAUUCUGCCUUGGAGGACAGCAUUGAAAAGCUAUCCCAGAUGUCGGUCGAAGAAGGAGCUUGA